AUGAUACGUGCUAAACUUUUAACGGAUGGUACAGCUAAACAAGCAGAAUUUGAACGUUUAUUUGCAAAAUCUAAAGUCGAAAUAGCUGAAUUAGAACUUGGUCUUGGUAUCACUCGUGCAUUUGCUAAAGCAAAAUAUAAUGUUAUAUUUAAUGGAUUAGAAAAAGAUGGUAAUGACACUGCAGCUAAAGUAGCACGUGAAUUUCAAAUUAAUUAUCUUUUUUCACCUGCUAAUGCUUUACAUGUAGACCAAUUACGAACAAUGGUUGAUGAAGGUUUAGCACGAUUUAAACAUAUUGAUGUUUUAAUGAAUAAUUGUGGUAUUCAACAUGUUUCACCAAUUGAAAAUUUUCCUGAUGAUAAAUGGGCUGAUAUUCUUCGUAUUAAUUUAUCAUCAGCAUUUAUUCUAACAAAAGCUUUAAUGAAACCAAUGAAAGAAAAAAAAAUUUGGUCGAAUUAUUAA